AUACCUCAGCAGAAUGUUCUUAGCAGUUCUGUGCGCCUUGUUUCUGUUGGGAUCGGCGUUCUCCGACACAACCGUCACAAUCUACAACGAGUGGCUUUCCCAGGGUGGACGUGUCCAUUAUGAAACUGAACGAUGGAACAAAAUUAAUGGUCUCACCCACUUGAACUUAAUUCCAAAGAUGAAAUCCAUCGGGACUGCUCCUGGGCGUUGGCUUCAUCCUGAUCUGAGCAAUGAUCUCUUUCAAAAUUGGCCCCAGAGCCACAGCCACCAUGGUUAUCCAGAUCCUUCCUAUCUCCAAAACCAUGCACUCCAGUCAAAGACAUGGGCGUCGUACAUGAUACAACUAAAUGGCUACGGAAGUGUCAUCGACAACAUGAUAUGGGAAUUAAAAGGGCUGAACUGGCCAAGCUGGAUAGAUAAGUCUCCUCAUCAAGGCGGAUUCCCCAACAACGUUGACGCUGCAUCAGAGUUUGUGUCGCUGAUGGUGCAGAGUUGCAAAGACUUCACAGGAGGAAGAAUUCCCCACAUAUUUGAAGUCAUAAAUGAACCUGAUUGGGCCGAGAAGAUUAUUGAUCAACAAACGAAUAUAAACUACCACAAGGUCGUUGCCCAAAAGUUGAAAUCAAGAUUUGGAAUGAAAAUUGCCGGCCCAACCUACACUAGUAUGGCCCUAAGAAGAGCGGACGAAAAUAAUUUCAGCUACUGGAACAGAACUGCUAAGUUUAUGGACAUGUCUCUCGAUCAUUUGGACUUUUUCUCUUUCCAUGCCUACAAUUACGUACGUGUAUCUGGUGGAAGUCACAACUACUUUGGCAUCAACGAAGCUCGUCUGGUCGCUUCUAUUGACAUGGUGGAGAAUUACUCGCAUCUCAAGAAAGGAAAGACAGUGCAAUUAAUUAUUAGUGAAUUUGGAAGGGGUAACAUUUUUGGAGUUGCCCCUGAUUUUGUAAAUGGAAUGACAGAUUUUGAGCUCAUUUAUCAACCAAACGGCUUCAUGUUUACUUUUCUCAACCUGAGAGAGUUUAUUGAAAGAGUUGUUGUGUUUCUACACGACAAUGAGCAACGUCCUGGCCACGAUUACCUUCGAACCUCCUUGUUUACCAAAGAUGGUCAUUCGCUUCACGCGACCAAAUUUAUCAAUUUUUGGCAUAAACUUACUUAUGCACAAAAGUUUCUUCGUGUUUCUAGUCAAUACGAUGGACAGGAAAGAACGGUUGUACCUCUUGUCCUUGCAAACCCUCUCAGUAAAGAGAUGGUAGUUCUUCUUCACAACUAUGGCAGUAAACCUGAGAAUGUGAAACUAAAUUUUCCAAACAGCUGGAUCAACCCUUCUACGGGUGAACAGACAUGUAUUAUUUUCGAAAAUGGUAACCCAGCUGUUCAUCCCAAUACCCGUUUCAGCAUAUCUAAGGUUCAUGGCACCGUUGGUCUGCCCGGAUCAUCAACCUGCUUGUACACGUUCAAAACAACCUUCAACUUUGGCAGAAUACACACCGACAACCAGAACACAUACUACGGUAAAGACAUGGUCAUUCCAAUCAACAAUGGACAUGCACAGACCACCAUCCAUCUUCCAAGCUCUGGCUACCACUCAGCGCAUCUCAGAGUCGGAGUCAGUAGAGACAAGAAUGUCAAUACAAAGCCCAAUCGAGUUGCGUUCAAUGGCCACACGUUGUCCUCAAGCUACAUGCUGUUUGAUGCUAUGAAGACUGAAGGGAAAACAUCAUGGAACGUAUGGGAGUUCCUAGUCCCUGCAUCACAGGUCCACGCAACAAACACAAUCAGCAUGACUUUCGGUGGGCACGGUGGUCAUGUGUCAUCCGUUGCGCUUGUUGUUGGUAAACUUCAGUAAAUAAAGUUAUCUUGAGAA